AUGUCGACCCCGUCCAAGUACGACGACUAUGACUUCCCGACCACCGCGCCGGAGUCUCAGCCCGGCCACCCUGGCCACACCACCCCCGAGCAGGACGCAAAGGUCGUCCAGCUCCGCUCGGAGCUGGAGCAGAUGGGUUUUACGGAGCGGUUGGACACGCUCACCCUGUUGCGUUUCCUGAGAGCUCGCAAGUUCGAUGUCGCUGCUGCGAAGACUAUGUUCGUCAACUGCGAGGAGUGGCGAAAGAACUUCGGCACCGAUGAUCUGGUCCGUACCUUCGACUACCAGGAGAAGCCCGAUGUUUUCAAGUACUACCCCCAGUACUACCACCGGACGGAUAAGGACGGACGACCGGUGUACAUCGAGAAGCUGGGCAAGAUCGACCUCAACGCCAUGUACAAGAUCACCACCGCUGAGCGCAUGCUGCAGAACCUCGUCACGGAGUAUGAGAAGCUGGCGGACCCCCGCCUGCCCGCCUGCUCGCGCAAGGCCGGCAAGCUCCUGGAGACGUGCUGCACCGUCAUGGACCUGAAGGGCGUGGGCAUCACCAGCGUGCCCUCGGUGUACUCGUACGUCAAGCAGGCGUCGGAUAUCUCGCAGAACUACUACCCCGAGCGGUUGGGCAAGCUGUACCUGAUCAACGCCCCCUGGGGCUUCAGCAGCGUUUUCAGCGUCGUCAAGGGCUUCUUGGACCCCGUGACGGUCAGCAAGAUCCACGUCCUCGGCUCCGGCUACAAGUCGGAGCUGCUGGCCCAGGUGCCCGCCGAGAACCUCCCCAAGGAGUUCGGUGGCAGCUGCGCCUGUGAGGGUGGCUGUGAGUUGAGCGACAUGGGCCCGUGGAAGGAGGCCGAGUGGACCAAGGAGCCCAAGUGGGCGACCCCCAAGGCGGCCCCAGCUGUGGCCCAGAGCGAAGAGCCGGCUGUGGAGAAGAAGGAGCCUGAGGCGCAGGAGGCGCCUCAGCCCACCGCAUAG